UAAGUUAGUCAAAUCAUCCAUGGAUGGAAGUAGAACCACAAGGUUUCACUUUCAUCCAAUCAAUAAUAUUUAAUCGGAGCGUAUUCGUGUACCGUAUUCCGUUCACCCUUCUACUUCCGGCGACAUAAUUAUUUCUAUUAACCGGAGACAUAACUCAUAACCUCUUCUGGUAUUUGAAUACCACCAGGUCAGGUCAAUGUUGUAUACCGUAUCAUCUAUCCCUAAACCCUGUUUAUCUUAUCCGAAAACCACAUGGCACUCUCAAAAUCCACCAAAUCUGAAAAGGGUCAGGCUUAGAGUAUCCGCUGAAGCUAAUGGGGAUAAAGUAGAGUAUACACCAUGGUUAAUUGUUGGAUUGGGGAAUCCUGGGAAUAAGUAUCACGGAACUCGUCAUAAUGUUGGUUUUGAAAUGAUUGAUCGGAUAUCUCAAGAAGAAAGGAUUGUGAUGAAUACUAUACAGUCAAAGGCUUUAGUCGGAAUAGGUUCAAUUGGUGAAGUACCUGUUUUGAUAGCAAAGCCUCAGGGGUAUAUGAAUUUCAGUGGAGAAUCGGUUGGGCCCCUUGCUGCAUAUUAUCAAGUACCACUGCGUCAUAUCCUACUGGUAUAUGACGAGAUGAGCUUGCCGAAUGGUGUUUUGAGGCUUCAGCCCAGGGGAGGACAUGGGUACCAUAAUGGAAUGAAGAGUGUGAUUGAACAUUUGGAUGGUCGCCGCGAAUUCCCACGGUUCUGCAUAGGUAUCGGCGAUCCACCUGGCACCAUGGACAUGAAGGCCUUCCUUUUGCAGAAGUUUAGUGAUACAGAACGAAAAGAGAUAGAUAAAGCCCUGGAACAAGGGGUAGACGCGGUGAGGAGCCUCAUAUCGUUUGGAUUCAAUGAUAGGAUCACUAGGUUUAAUUUAGGGCAGAAAUACAAAUAUAACAAAGUUUAAGGGCAAGCCGAUUCGUAAAAGUUAAUGUUUAGUUUACACAUUGAUAAAUUUGAUGACUUUUGGUCAACUGUACCUCUAGGUAAGAACUGUUUAGUUAUAUAUUGAUUAUAUCAUAUAAAUAUAAUUAAGUUGUCCACUUUUAAAAUCCA